GUAAGAAACUUAUCUUUCGCUUCCGCUUUCCUGCCCCAAACCUUCGCAUAUCGUCUCGUCCCCCACUCUACCGGUUUCGCCCAAACCAUCACCUUCGUGACCGAACCAUCGCAAUACCGACGCGAUUAGAGCUAGCUGGCUGGGAAGGCAACGAGGAAUCGUAGCGUACAAAGACAUUGGAAAGUCGUCUUUCACCCCAUUCCUCCCACCCAGGAAGUGAGGACAUCUCAUUCUCCCGAAAUUUGGUUAUUGAAAGCCAAAGGAGGGUUGUUUGACAUCUUCUGGGACAUCCUACUCUAUCACGUAACAGAGGGGGACGCAUAGCCCUGUUGAAAAGAUAAAUGAAAGAGGAAGUUAAAGGUGGGAAGGGAAGGAACUUCCCGGUGGAUCCAAAUCUCCCACGGUGGGUCUGCCAGAAUUGCCGCCAUGCUCUCUGCGUUGUUGGUGCGGAGUCCUAUACCGACAAGUUCUUCAGUGAUCCAUCUCGUUCUGAAAUGCAGGUUUCUUCAGUCCAAGGAAUCUUGGUGGGCUCCACUCGAAUGGACCAUUCUUUUGUGGUUCUUUCUAAACAAAAGGGUCAGGGUCUUGGAAUCCCUCCUCGCCCAAAAAGCGGGCUUUCUCAGCCAGAGGGAAACCCUUCUCCCAAGGGAAUGGAAGAAUCCUUUGUUGUUUUACCUCCUGCUGCAGCUUCUAUGUACAAUAAUGGUUCUACGUCAGAGGGAGUGGGAGCUCAUUUACCAACUCCGAGUGUUAGUGCCACUACUCCGUUGCAGAUGAGUAAUUCUAGAUUCCACUCGAGCAUUACUGUGCUGAAGAAGGCAUUUGAUAUUGCCACUUCACAAACACAGGUUGAACAGCCUCUCUGUUUGGAAUGCUUGCGUAUUUUAUCAGAUAAACUCGACAAAGAGGUUGAAGACGUAAAUAUGGACAUUAAAGCAUAUGAAACAUGCCUCCAGCGUUCUGAGUUGGAAUCUUAUGAUGUUCUUAACGAUGCUGAUUUUCUCAAGGAGAAAGAAAAGAUUGAGGACGAAGAGAGACAGCUGCAAGCUGCAGUUGAAGAUACUGAGAGGCAGUUUGCUGAAGUUAAAUCUCAGAAGACAGAGUUAGAAUCAAAAUCAAAGCUCUUUAGAGAUCUAGAGGAAAGGUAUUGGCAUGAGUAUAAUAACUUUCAGUUCCAGUUGGCGUCACAUCAGGUAAAUUCCAACGUGAUAUUAUUAUUUAAUAAUAUGCCAUGUACUUCUUUGGUAGAGCUGCAAUUCGGCUGUCAUACUUUGAGAGAUGCAAUUUUGGCUAAAAUAGAAGUUUUUCAAGCACACCUGGAGCUGCUGAAGCGGACCAAUGUGUUGACUAAUGCCUUCCCUAUAUGGCAUGAUGGGGAAUUCGGCACAAUCAACAAUUUUCGACUUGGUCGUCUCCCCAAGACACUGGUUGAGUGGGAUGAAAUAAAUGCUGCUUGGGGUCAGGCAUGCCUACUGCUUCACACAAUGGCUCACUAUUUUCGGCCAAAAUUUCAAUAUGGAAUCAAAAUUAUUCCAAUGGGAAGUUAUCCUCGUGUAGUUGACAGCAACAACAACACAUACGAACUGUUUGGUCCUGUAAAUUUGUUUUGGAGCACUCGCUACGAUAAAGCAAUGACACUAUUCCUGACAUGCCUUAAAGAGUUUGCAGAUUUUGCGAAUGCAAUGGAUCAGGAGAACAAUGUUCCUCCAGAGAAGUGCUUUAAACUUCCUUACAAGAUUGAAAACGACAAGGUGGAGACUUACACCAUAACGCAGAGUUUCAACAAGCAGGAGAACUGGACUAAGGCUCUUAGAUAUAUGCUCUGCAAUCUUAAAUGGGUCCUUUAUUGGUUUGUUGGGAACACCAACUUCCAGUCCUUAUCAGCUUCAGCGCAUCAUUCUGAAGCUCCUGUGGUUGGUCCUCUUCACUCCAAAAAAUCUACCCGCACCAGAACAUGAUCCCUGCAUGUGAGAACUACUUAUUUUUCUCACUGCUUUGUAAAUAGAUCACAAAUCAUUCACAAUACAUUUAUGUAUAAUAUUUAUUUAAAUACAGUUUCUUAAAUGACUUUUUUCUUUUAACAUAUAAAAUUGAGACACAAAAUUACAUGAGCGAAAAUUGAUU